CAGCGCAAUAAAAAAAAUAUAAUUACUUUCAUUUCGUAAAAAUCUAUUCAUAAUUCGUAAAUAUGUACACCUUUAUUUUAUUAGGUCUUUUAUUCAUAGAGGCUGAAUCAUACGUUCUUCUUCAAGUGAGGAAACAAGAUAACAACUAUUCAAACGUCGACGCGUUAAUACAUAAAGUGGUACCGUCGGAUAAAUUCGACAAAAUCGCGAGCAAAUUUGGCGCGAAAAAUACUGACCUAAAACCUAUUGAAAAAAAAGAAAAAGAGCGGGAAGCUAAAACAGUAGCCAGUAUAGAAAAAACUAUUCUUAAGUUUACUAAAAAAGACAAGCCUAUGUUUCGGGCACAGAAUCAGUAUAUUCAGCCAAAAGUAAUAAAUUUUAGAAACAGUAAGCCGUCUUUGGUCUUCGAAAUCAAUUCUAAAGCUAUUGUAUCGACUAUAAAAGAUUUGCUAUCUUCAAAAACGUUUCAAACAUACUUUGAUAAGUUUGCAAAGAAGGCGGCCAUUAUAUAUAGAUCUAUAAAAGAUGAUAUUGAUAAAGAAUAUUACUAACUUGUAAUCUCUUUUUUAAAUUUUAAGUUAUGGCAGUUAGGCGAGCUACUAACUCGUCUCGACUUUUAGUUGUUAGGAACAUCCUGUCCCGUGUCAAAUGAAAAACAUCAAAUAAAAAUCAAUUUUAAAAAAAA